AUUCUCAUAUGCCUGUCUCAAAUUCUCUCUCCAGUCUGAUGUUGACCUCUCAAGCGCGAAAUUAGAAAAAAUUCUUCGCCUCAUUGGCCACCAUCUCUCAAUUGCAAAUGAUCUUGCAUCUUACGAGAAGGAGUGGAGAGAUUUCAGCAGCGGAAAAAUUAGGCAUCUCAUCAAUAUCGUGGCUAUUGUGCAAAAGAUCGACCGCACCGUUUCCGACACGGCGAAGGCCACGUGCUACGGCAGACAGCUCGAGACGGAACGGCUCAUUCUGGAAGAGCUGGAGCGCAUGAAGAGAGUCGAUGAGCUGUCUGUUUCUGAGUGGGAAUUUGUAGACGCUGCCUUGGGUAUGGCGGCUGGGAAUAUCUUCACCUCGGUGGUGAUAUCUCGGUACGGUGGGGAAGCUGCUCGGAUCGGCGGGGGGCCUUGUCAUGGUAUAGGCCUAUGA